GUCGCACCCGGAAGCGCUCCGGCGAGCCCGGCGGUCUGGCGGUGAAGGGCGGCUAGCCGCAUUUACAGGACCUGAGAUGCUGUGCUGCCGCUCUCCAUAAGCUAGUCACCGAGUGUGCCUACUGCAGCCCUUUCUGAACCCCUGGCUGUCUGGAGGCUCUGCUGUGCUCCUUGCCAAGGCCGAGCUUGUGGAUGAAGGGGCCAGGAGGUGACCUUGAGCUUGCUUCUCCCUGUCAGAUGAAGUGUGUUUUGGUGGCCACAGAAGGUGCAGAGGUCCUCUUCUACUGGACGGAUGAGGAAUUUGAAGAGAGUCUGCGGCUGAAGUUUGGGCAGCCGGAGAAUGAGGGAGAAGAGCUUCCCGCCCUGGAGGACCAGCUCAGCACCCUGCUAGCCCCAGUGAUCAUCUCCUCCAUGACCAUGCUGGAGAAGCUCUCAGAUACAUACACCUGCUUCUCAACAGAAAAUGGCAACUACCUAUAUGUCCUUCACCUGUUUGGAGAAUGCCUGUUCAUUGCCAUCAACGGAGACCACACGGAAGGUGAGGGCGACCUGCGGCAGAAGCUGUGUGUGCUCAAGUACCUGUUCGAAGUGCACUUUGGUCUGGUCACGGUGGAUGGCCAGCUCAUCCGGAAGGAGCUGCGGCCCCCAGACCUGGAGCGGCGCAUGCAAGUGUGGGAGCAUUUCCAGAGCCUGCUGCGGACCUAUGGCCGCCUGCGGGAGCAGGAACAGUGCUUCGCCGUGGAGGCUGUGGAGCGGCUGAUUCACCCUCAGCUCUGUGAGCUGUGCAUAGAGGCCCUGGAGCGGCACGUCAUCCACGCUGUCAACUCCAGCCCCGAGAGGGCCGGCGAGGAGGCCCUGCAUGCCUUCCUGCUCGUGCACUCCAAGCUGCUGGCUUUCUACUCCAGCCACAGUGCCAGCUCCCUGCGGCCAGCCGACCUCCUCGCCCUCGUUCUCCUGGUUCAGGACCUCUACCCCAGUGAGAGCACAGUGGAGGAUGACGACCCUCAGCCUUGUCCACAGAGGCCCCGGAGCAGCCAGAACAUCCCCAUGCAGCAGGCCUGCAGCCCUGGUUCUGCAGCAACCGUCCCAAGACACCCUCUUGCCUCCCCCCCCCCCCCACAGGACACAGACAGCUUCUCCCUCCCUGAGGAGUACUUCACACCAGCUCCUUCCCCUGGAGAACAGAGCUCAGGCAGCACUGUCUGGCUGGAUGGGGGCACCCCACCCACCGAUGCUCCCCAGAUCCAGAUCGCUGAAGACACCCUCCAGACCCUGGUCCCUCACUCCCCGGUCCCUUCCAGCCCCAGAAGGAUUUUCCUGGAUGCCAGCGUGAAAGAGAGCUAUUGCCCUAUGGUGCCCCACACCAUGUACUGCCUGCCCCUGUGGCCCGGCAUCAACAUGGUGCUCCUGACCAAGUGCCCCAACACCCCCCUAGCCCUGGUCCUGUACCAGCUGCUGGAUGGGUUUUCCCUCCUGGAGAAGAAGCUGAAGGAGGGGCAGGAGGCCGGGAGCACCCUGCGGUCCCACCCCCUCAUGGGGGACCUGCGCCAGAGGAUGGACAAGUUUGUCAAGAGUCGUGGAGGGCAAGAGAUUCAGAGCACCUGGCUGGAGUUCAAGAGCAAGGCCUUCUCCAGGAGCGAACCCGGAUCGUCCUGGGAGCUGCUUCAGGCGUGUGGGAAGGUGAAGCGGCAGCUUUGCGCCGUCUACCGUCUCAGCUUCCUGACCGCGGCCCCGGGCCGGGGAGGCCCGCAUCUGCCCCAGCAGCUGCAGGACCAGGUGCAGACACUCAUGCAAGAAAAGCUGACGGACUGGAAGGACUUUUUGUUGGUGAAGAGCAGGAGGAACAUCACCAUGGUGUCCUACCUAGAAGACUUCCCAGGCUUGGUGCAUUUCAUCUAUGUGGACCGCACGACCGGCCAGAUGGUGGCCCCUUCCCUCAGCAGUAGUAAAAGGACUUCAUCAGAACUGGGCAGGGGACCGCUGGCCGCCUUCAUCAGAACCAAGGUCUGGUCUCUGAUCCGGCGGGCCCGCAGAUACCUGCAGAAGGGCUACACCACGCUGCUCUUCCGAGAGGGGGACUUCUGCUGCUCCUACUUCCUGUGGUUUGAGAACGAGAUGGGGUACAAACUCCAGAUAAUAGAAGUGCCCGUCCUCUCGGAUGACUCGGCCUCCAUCGGCGUGCUGGGAGGAGACUACUACAGGAAGCUCCUGCGCUACUAUAGCAAGGGCCAUCCCGCUGAGGCUGUCAAGUGCCACGAGCUGCUGGCCCUCCACCUGUCGGUCAUCCCCACAGACGUGCUGGUGCAGCAGGCCGGCGAGCUGGCCCGGCGCCUGUGGGAAACCUCCCGUGUCCCCUUGCUCUAGGCCAGGGCACAGUGCUCCGGCGCAGUCUGAGACAGGAAGUCCCCAGUGCCUGCAGGUGUCUGAAGAUGCCUCCUCAUGCUGUUGGAGUGGAGAAAGAGCUCCCUCAGGAAGCCAUUUCCUUCUCCAGAUGAAAGGUGCCGCCCUAGCUGGGCUGCGAUUCACGCUGUGCCUCUUCCUCCCUACGACCCUGGGCAGGUUUCCUCCACCGAUAGCCCCUACCUCUCAGGGUGGCCGUGAGGGCUGCCGGACACGUGGCAGGUGCUCAAUAAAUGCUGGUGGUGGUGGUUCAAGCCAAACGUGCCUGGGCUCCUGGGCUGUCCUUGGUGCCCAGCAGUCUGGCCCCUUUGCACCCUGCUCUGUCUCGACUCCUUCCCAGCCCCGGCUCAGAGGUUUGUGUCACUUGGGCAUGUGGAUCCCAGGUAUAGGUUUUUGAAAACGUGCCAGCCGACCCCUGUGUGCCCUGGGUUGAGAACCCCAGCCCCGGGGGGGUGCAGUCCCUUUCCUCUAACCUAGAAGCUCCCACCCCAGGAGACACACAAGAACAAGAGACCACCAGAGCCCUGGGACUGGGGAGCGUCCGCCACAGGGAUGAGAGAAGCGCCAUGGCAGAAGUAGGCACCCAGGACCCCUGUAUGACAUGCUGACAGCAGCCAGGCCUUCGGGUCUCUAGUCUUGAGCCGAAAUUCAUGCAGAGAAGACUGUUCUUUUCUGUUAAGGGAAUAGCUGGUGGAGGUGGAGGUAUAGGGGGGAGGACAGAGGUACUGAAAGAGCUAGGAGGACAUCUCACACUAAUGUCCUCAGAAGGUGGCAGUGAGGGACAUUGUCAGCUGAGGUGACUGGGACUGCAUUCCUUCAUGAUAUCUUGACUUAAUGAAUGGAGAUUUCAAACCUCAAGUGUGUAAGACCCAGAAGAGCACGAAGGGGAAAACUAAGUGUAGAAGCCCACUGCUGUGUAGGGUAUCCACUUUUGUCCCCUGAUAGUUUUCCUUAAUUUUGAGCAGCUACAUGAUGUGACCCAUCUG